GCCAUGUGGCGUGGCUGCUCUUAGGGAUGGCUUUCUAUAGCCCCUGAUUAUAUCAACUUUUAGCCUCACAACACUGACGGCCUUUGCAAUUCCCCCAUGCAUCUCGUCUGAAGUGACAGAAUGCAUUUGGUUUGUGAUUCAGAAAGUUGCAUGUUAUGUAGGGAGCAGGUGGAAAGGUGUGUUCCUGUAUGUGCACACACUCGUGCACACACACACACUACGUGUGAGAACAGAACAAUGUUAUGAACAUAGAGCUGCAACGAAUAGUCGACAAAAUCGACGAUGUCGAUUGUGAAAAAUAGUCGACAUGGAUUUUUAUCAUCGACGCGUCAUAUACUAUGAAUUGAUUAAGCCCUACCGGUAAUUUUAAUUCGGCAAUUUUCAUUCGGCAUUGCAAUGCAAUACAGGAAGCGCUGGGGGCAGUAUCGAUUCCAUUGUCUAGAUGUACCAUGGCAGAGAAGAACAACGAUUGGAAAUAUGGCGGAAAAGAGAGUUGGAGAACCGAAACAGAUUAGAACGAGAGCUUCAAAGGUCUGGGAAUAUUUCACCAUCAAACCAGACAAAAAAGUACAAUGCAGCAUAUGCAAAAAGGAACUAGCAUUUCAUAGCAGCACCACGGCAAUGCAUGAACAUUUGAAACGGAAGCAUCCUGGAGCCACCACGUCGUCUCAUUCUGCCAGUACUAAGCAAAAGCGUGUGGACGAGUUUGUCCUGAAGAGAGGCUCAUGCACCCCUGACAUGAAACCUCUAUCAAUGGUUGAGGAUGAGGGCUUUAAGCAGAUGGUCAACACAUUCCAUCCAGGUUACACCUUACCUUCCAGAACUCAUUUUACAAAGCUCUUGGAGCAAAAGUAUGAAGCUACACUUGUCAGAGUUAAAGAUAGUCUGAAAGCAACUUAGAACAAGAUUGUCCUCACAACUGAUGCUUGGACCAGUGUAGCAACAGAGGCAUAUCUUGGCAUCAAAUGUCACUUUAUAAGUGAUGACUGGGAGCUCACUAGCUUCUGCUUCACAACAAUGCCACUUGAAGAGAGACACACUGGAGCCAACAUUGCUGCAUGGCUUGAGCAGGCUGUGGCAAGAUUUGAGAUCCCUACAAGCCGAAUCGUGAUCUUGAUUGCUAUUUUGAGUUACUUUUUAAAACUUUAUUUGCACUUCUCUCUUCUUUUAAAAGCAAAUUUGCACUUUAAUUUUUAUUACAAUUUUGUUUAUUUAUAAUGUUUACAUGUCUACACAACUUGUUACUGAAAUACAUUUGAAGUUCAAAUUCCAACAUUUUGAGUCAUUAUUUUAACUUGCUAUGGGAAAUAAUCGUUAGAUUAGUCACUUAAUGGAAAAAAUUGUCGAUAGACUAAUCGAUUACCCAAAUAAGCUGCACUUCAGAGAGUGCAGCCUCUCAAGGUUCACCUUCUCACAACACCAGAGACAGGAAGGCAACUCCCAAUACACAACAUAAGAGCUCUAAUCGAGGCUAUUCCUGCAGAGGCUGUCAGACCAUCUGUGGAAUAAAUCUUUGAUCAGGCAUUAUAUAAGUCAUACACAAUAUUAAUUAAAGGUGAGUAACAAAUCCCUGACAAUGAUCGGGCACAAACAUCCAGACUCCAAGCUGUUAUUAAAUAGUUACUCAAUCAGAGCAAACCUCAGCUGCAAAAUACAGGCGUCAUUAUGAAGCAACCAGGGAUCUGGAGCUAGAGGAGGUUGUCAGGUUUUAACAGAGUGGACAACGUGGUCUGUGAACUGCUAUCCAGUCUGCCUUUUGGAAAUCUCUUCAAAUUUCUGUCAGUUGAGAGAGGUGUAGGACCACAGGCCAGUUAUUUUAGUUUUAAAAAUUAGAACACGCUCCAUAGAGUAACUAUAUUCCACCUCAUUUCUGUAUUGAAUAAAUUAUUGUGUUAUGUUCUAGGUUUCGAUCUCAACCAUGAAGAAUACUUUGAGGAUGUUCCAUUUCUGCAGAACGCUUCCAAUCAGAACUACGUCCCGGAUGCAGUGCUGCCACCUGGGGAGCCCUGGCUCCAUGGCGGCCCCUCACGAGCAGUGCUGUCCCUGCCUUCCUGCCUGGGCCUGUGUGGGGAGGAUGGGUCUCUCAUGUCUGGUCCUGGAUCUUCUGGCGAGGAGCCGAUGGGAGAGGUGAAAGUGUACGCCAAGUGUCACCUCCAGCAAGGCGUCAUGUUUGGGCCCUACAUAGGAGAAAUGUGCAGGGGUCAAAUGCCGAACAGCCUAAAAUACUCCUGGGCUAUCAGAGAUGAUGCUUCAUUCAUCUACAUUGACGCUUCUGAUGAAAAUAAAUCCAAUUGGAUGAGGUAUGUUACAUAUACGAGCAAUGAGGAGGAGCACAAUCUAUUUGUCUUCCAGUUUUACCGCCACAUCUACUACAAGGUUUCCCAGCCCAUCACAGAGGGAGCACAGCUCAGAGUGUGGAUUGGGAAGGAUUAUGCCACCCUGCUGGGCCUCGGGAUGGGCGACAGUGUAAAAUGUGAAAUCGGAGAAAAGGAAACAGCUCUGCGUCUCCUGCAAGACAUCCAGUUGGUCACCCUCCCGGAGUCGUGCAGCUCUUCCCUUUGGUCAGAUCACAGCCAAUCACAGAGCCCCAUGCCUGUCAUCAGUGACGUGACGACAGUGUCAAAUGCAGACUCGGCUAUUGAUCCAGGGGGGCUGUCUGGCUCCGCCUUCCCCUCUACUUCCAUCAUGUCCUUCCCGCUCCCCAGCUCCCAGCUGAUGGAAAAGUAUGAUUUUAUGCCUGGAACAGAAAAACUGCUGAGUAGCCCAAACGUCACGCAACACAGCCCGUGGUACUUUUUCGGUUUCGAGCCGGACCCAACCGGUCGGCCCCUGGACCGGAGCAUCGUGGUGUGUAAGCUGUGUUGGGACCACGUGAGCUGCGCCGGAGGAGCUGCCGAACUCCAAAACCACCUGACCAGCAAGCACCACAUCAGAACACGUGACUGCAACAAGGAGCGGGCUCUUCUGAUAACGGGACAUCACCACCCUCACUCACUGAUAGGUACCAACGGCCUGGUCAACACAUUCCCCCAUGUUUUGUCUGCUCAAGUGACCCAUGCCAUAACCAACUUCCUCAUCAUGGAUCUCCAGUCCCCGGCUCUGGUGGAAGGGGAGGGCUUCAAACAGCUGAUCCUCACCCUCCUGCCCUCAUGCAAGGAUCUGCCGUCACCUUGUCAGCUGGAGUACCUCCUGAGAGAACACCACAGCAAGGGCAAAGCGAGGCUGUCCCAGCUGCUGAUGAGGAAAACAGUAGGUGGGGAGAGCGAGGAGAUAUCUGACUACACCGCUCCCAUCGAGUGCGAGCCCAGGAAACGUGGCCGACCUCCUGGCAAUCAGAGGGGAGUUCAUCACUUUGUCACUGUAAGUGUGGACAUUUGGUCGCACAACUGGCAGGGCAAACCCGAGAGGUACCUCACCGUCUGGGCACACUGCAUAGACGCCAGUUUUGUCUCUAAGAAUCUGGCCCUGGCAACCCAAAGACUGAAGGAGUGUGAGGUGAAAGACUACACCCUUCAAGCAGUGGAGACCCAAGUCAAAGUGAUGGCACAGGAGUGGGGGAUCUUUCAGCCUAAUCUGGUGCUGCUGGGAGGGGAAGGAAGGAAUAAAAUGGGGCUGGGGACAAUAAAGGGGAAGAAAGGUGGAGAGGCGGCAGUAAGCGUCCCUCACCCAAACUCAACAACAUUUCUUGAAAGGGACGAAUCUGUGUCAUCCGAGGAACCACAUGGCUCCGAGUGCAGCCAAUCCAGUCAGGGGCUUGCAUCUAUUCCAUGUUUCUUCAGCAUCGUGCAGGACUGCAUCGAGGAAUUAAUGUCACAUCAUGUCAUCUCCAAGACCCUCGGCCAGUUUCAGGGUAUUGUAUCAACAAUGUUCCUGCCACCUGCUUUAAACAGAGGCUCAUAUCAGCAUCAUGUCCAGAGUCUGCUGGAGACGCUGACGAGACAGGAACAGGCCGAGCUGAAGUCGUGGGCUCAUUGUCAGCCAGCGUGGAAUAAGCUCUACCCUCUACUGAGCAUGCUCAUCAAACAUAAGAGCCUCGUCUGUGAUGUAAUAAAAGAGAUGAAAAUGCAGGGCUUGUCCAAAGAAGACACUGCUUCAGAAGCCAGUUCAUCUGGCGGCUGCCACGCCAACUCCACCUCCAACACGGCCUCAGCAAACGUCACAGUGCGUUCUGAUUGGAAUGUCCUGGAGGAUCUGUGUUUGGUGCUCAGACCCCUGGACGUGGCCUGUCGGACCCUCGCCAAGGAGGCCUUCCCUCGUCUUUCCCUCAUCAAACCCAUUCUCAUCGGCCUGCUCUCCCGCCACCUCGUCUCACGGCCGGGAGAUUCGUCAUCCAUCUUAAAGGAAGUGAAGAGGAUGAUGAGGCGAAACUUGUCGAGCUGCUACGACAACCCUGUGGUCAACAGGGCUCUGUGCGUGGCGUGUUCCCUCGACCCACAGUUCCAUGGGCUGGGCUUCAUGGAGGAAAAGGAGCAGACGGCCACAUUCGAUUGGUUGAAGAAAGAGGCCGUCAAGAUUGCGAAGGAGGAAAGGAGGAGGAGCCAUCUUAAGAGCCAGAGCAAGAGAAGCUCCUCCCCCGGGUCUCCAGCGUCGGAUAGCGACUACCGGCGGAGGAGCAAACGCCUCAAAGACUCCCGCCCAAUCAACUUCAGAGAGGCCGACGAUGACGACGAGAGCGACGUUGUAGAGGCCAAUGAGAACGAGACAGUGGACCCGGCCUCCCAGAGUGCGCUCUCCGGUAUGGAGUUCCUGCUGGGAGACCUGUUCUGCUCAACCCCCCAGAGCAAGCAGAGCUCAGCUGAGGAAUCUGUAGACAUGGAAAUGUCUGUGUUCAGGGCCGGUAAGGGGGCCUCGCUGGGAUUGGAGCCUCUGCAGUGGUGGAGGACGAAGGCCGUUCAGUUUCCACUGUUGGCAACAGUGGCACGGGCCUACCUGGCUGCCCCCGCCGUGGCAGGCAACGCCGCACUGGACUUUUUGCGGGAAGGGGUGGGAACCAUGUACAGAAAGAGAUCCAACAUUCCACCGGAAAGUUUGGAUUCAAUCCUCUUCCUGCACCACAACCACAUGUCCACCUGUGAUGCUGAGAAAACGUCAGUUAGGAAUGAUGACAAGAACAUCAGGACUGAAAAGGUUCUAUGAACACAAAAACACACUUAACUUAUCCAGAUUUAAACUGGAUUACUACUAUAAACCAAAAUCCCAAAUGAAAGCUAUGGGUGAUAAUCCUGGAAAAACUAGCAUGAGCAAGCUAUACUUAUGUAUAAAAAUACAGCCGAUACAUCCCAUCCCCUCCUUUCUACCGUCUGGGAAGUAGGUUAGUGACAGUCAGGUAUGCCAGCCAUUCAUUUCUUUCAGUCCAAAUGAUUCAGUCAAGUUUAUCACAGUCUUGCAAAGGCCAGAGUCACCAGUUCAAGCUCUGAACAGCAAUGAUCAGGUGACCAAAUACCUUUUUAUGAACGCUCUAAUUUGCCAAAAAGGGAGGUUAUACUGUGCCUCAGAUUUCAGUGUGUUCAUGAUAAAAAUUGCCUUUUUAGCGAUAAAAAAACUGCGGAUACCCACAAAUCGUUCUGUAAUAUGUAUGACUUUAAAAAAAUCAUAUAACCACGACUACUUUUAAAGCUGCAUUCCGAAGUUUUUGAAAAUAAAGGAUAAAGGAGAGAGAAAGAUAACUUAUAGAUGCAGAAAAUCUGUCACUUUAUUUAGCGAGUAUAGAUUGAAUUACUGUACGACUGACUCGCAGUUAAACUUCUUCUGUGUAGUAUGAACUCUGUAGUAUCUAGUGCCUUACCUUGUUUAAAUACAGUAGAUUGAAAGACAUUUUUAUUUUUUUUUUAUCCUUAAUGCCAAUUUCCAAGAAACAUAUGGCGUAUAACUGACAAUACAUGUGUAGACUGUCAAACUCUGUGGUUGUAUUAUGUAAAACUUCCACCAUGUGUCUAAACUAUUGCAUUUGUUUUGUGUUCUCCAAAGACUGACUAUUAGCUCACUUCUAUUAAAAAGGAAUUUAACAAUUGUUUCAGUAAAUGAAACAACCCUUGUGAAGGAUUUAGGAGGAUCUGUCGGCAGGAAUGGAAAAUAAAUUCAUGGUGAUGUUUUUUAUUAGUAUAGAUUCACCUGAAACUUAAUAUACAGUUUUUUUCACCUCAUGAGCCUUUCAUAUCCAUAUCUGUUAUCAACCAUACUAUUGCUGUUUCUGCAGUAGCCCAGAACAGACAAAUACUGUCUUUUAAAGAGAGCCUAAUACAGUUUGAUGGUGGAAGGUCACAGUAGGUUGUCCUACACACUCCUAAAUUCUCCUCAAUCUUAGACCUUGUUUAGAUCGUAGACCUGGUAUUAACGUCUGUCAUGAGUGUUCAGAUCGUACGUGACCAACGCUAAGUUCAUUUGUGAAAGCACCCAAAGUGUUCUGGGAUAUGAUCACUCAGACCUCGUUGGAGAUGAUGCAGGUGGCCACAAACAAAUCAACUAAUGGACACAGAGUAGCUUAAAAAUACGAUGAAAAGGCACCGGCUGUGUGCUUGCAUGUUGACAGCGUUAAGUUUUUCUCUUCAAACCUGACAUUAAAAUAUUUUCUGACUGUGUCUCCUGUGACCACUUUAGGACGGAUGUUAAUACCACUCUGAAUACUGGCUCUUAAGGUCCCAGGUUAACAGUUUGAUCAUAAAAAACUUACUUGUACCGAGUAAGCUUUGCUGCCUCAUGUACAAUUGUAGAGAAUCUUGUUUACUGCUGGUUAUUGCUCUAUUUCACAAGGUAAUAUAAAGAAGUGUAUUGCACAGUUUAAGAUUUGUGAUUUAAGCCUACUUUUUAUUGUUUUACACCGUAGUGUCCUGGAAUCUUUGCUUAUUGACACACAUGUAUUUGUCUUUCUGUAAUGUAAACAUUGCAUACUUUUCUAAGUAAAAACUGUUCAAGCUC